AUUCGUUUCAGCAGAGGGGUUUUUUCCACAGGGAGUUUUCACCAGAAGUAUCUUGCUCAAGCAGUGCCACAGCUGGGAGUUGAUCCUGCAACCUACUGGUGCUUUGCCCUCAGUGAUGUUUCUCUGACAUUCACUCACAGGAACUCUUUAGCUGGAUCCUACAACUACAAGCAACAUUUAAUCCUCAGCCUUCCGUGCACACACACAUACAUACACACGCACACACACACAGAUUGUAAAGGUGUUUCUCUGAGGUCUCUGGACCUCUCACUGAAAGGAGUAGGAGAGAACGUGCUUGAUACGGGGUACUCGGUCACAUGACCGCGCUCUACUCCGACAAGUUCUCGCACUGCGCCCGAGUCAAGCGGCUAUUUCAGAACUUGGAAGGGAACGAGCGUCAAGCCGAGCCGUGAUCUGGAAAUGAUAGCGGUGGCCUUAACGUCUUUAAUCGCCUUCAUACUCUACCUACUAACCGAAUGGCGCGGGAGAAAAAGGAAGGAGGGGGAGCCGCCGCUAAUAAAGGGGUGGAUUCCGUACAUUGGGAAAGCUCUGGAGUUUGGCAGAGAUGCCCACAAAUUCCUCACCUCCUACAAGGAGAAAUACGGAGAUAUAUUUACUGUGCGAAUCGCAGGUAAAUACAUGACGUUUAUCAUGGACCCCGUGCUGUACCCCAACGUCAUCAAGCACGGCCGGCAGCUGGACUUCCACGAGUUCUCCGACCAGGUGGCGCCCGUCACCUUCGGCUACCCCCCCAUCCGGAGCGCCAAGUUCCCGGGCAUGGACGAGGAGAUCCAGAAGUCGUACCGCCUCCUGCAAGGGGAGAACCUGUCCUCGCUGACGGAGAACAUGAUGGGGAACCUGCAGCUGGUGUUCCGGCAGGACUACCUGGGGGAGGAGGGGGAGUGGAGGACGGGCGACAUGUACAGCUUCUGCAACCAGGUGAUGUUCGAGGCCACCUUCAUGACGAUGUACGGCAAGCCCACGCACGCCGCCAGGCACGCCGGGAUGGCGGCGCUCAGAGAGAAGUUCGAGAAGUUCGACGCCAUGUUCCCGCUGCUGAUCGCCCAGAUCCCCAUCUCGCUGCUGGGGGCCACCAAGGCCGUCCGGGACGACCUGAUCCGCUUCUUCCUGCCCGAGAAGAUGUCCGCGUGGUGCGGGUCCUCCCGGUUCAUCCAGCGCAGGACUGAAGUGUUCGAGCAGUACGACCUGCUCGGAGACCUGGACAAAGCAGCGCAUCACUUCGCCAUCCUCUGGGCCUCAGUGGGUAACACGGUCCCCGCCACCUUCUGGGCCAUGUACUACCUGGUGACGCACCCCGACGCCCUCGCUGCCGUGCGGGGCGAGCUCGACCACAUCCUGCAGCUCGAGGGGAGGGAGCCCGGCCGCCCACGCAACAUCACGCUGACCCUGGAACAGCUCGACAGCCUACUCUACCUGGGAAGUGCGAUCAGCGAGAGCCUGCGUCUGUCCUCGGCCUCCAUGAACAUCCGCGUGGCUCAGGAGGAUUUCACCUUGCGGCUGGAGAGGGGGCGCUCCAUCGCCGUGCGCAAGGGCGACGUCAUCGCCCUCUACCCGCAGAGCGUGCACACGGACCCCGACAUCUUCCAGGAUCCAGAGGUUUACAAGUUUGACAGAUUUGUUGAGGACGGGAAGGAAAAGACAGACUUCUACAAGCACGGGCAGAAACUGAAGUACUACCGCAUGCCCUUUGGGUCGGGCUCCACAAAGUGUCCGGGCCGGUACUUUGCAGUGAACGAGAUGAAGCAGUUCCUGUCUUUGGUGCUUCUGUACUUCGAUGUGGAGGUCCUCGAGGGUCAGAAGAAGGUUUCCCUGGACUCAAGCCGGGCGGGGCUGGGUAUUCUGCUCCCCGCCUCAGACGUUCGGUUCCGCUACAGGCCCCGUCAGCCCUGAGGGAACAUGAAGGCGGAACCCCAUAUUAAGAGCUUUGCUUCCGGUCACUUCCUGGUGGAACAUGGGCCUCGGCUGACCUGAGUCCAGGGGGAGCAUCCCAGAAUCCUCUGCGUGCUGCACCCUGUGGGCAUGUGAUGCUGUGGAUCAGUAUAGUGCAUUCUGCAGGGGACUGGAGGGAUUGAUUUCUCCUCAGAUCAGUUGACUUCUAAAAUCUAAAUGCACAUUAUACACUGAUACGGGGGGAGAACUGCCAGCUGUUUCCUUCUCUUGAAAUGGUAGCACUGUUUUACUUCAUACUUUCUUUCUCAAUCCAAACAGGCACUAUAUCUGUGUGAGAGCAAAAAACACUACAUUUCUACAGUUGAAUAAACGCCCUUAAACAUUUAACAACUAACCUUUUACAGGUGUAACAUAUCUGUUAUGUGUAGGGGCUCUGAUCAUUCCGUAUCAUAAAUAGCGCGUUUUAAAGAAAAUAAGAUAAAGAUUAAAAAUUUCUUGAUCUUUAAUUUCUACUCAUAACCUGUGCAUUAGUAUUAAAGACAGUGAGAGGUGCAGAGACACUGUCUCAGUUUAUGGGUAAAAUUGUUGUGGUGAUUACGUUUUUUUUGAAAACGCGUUACAUUUUAGAUAUAUGAAAGCUUUGUUUGCCGUUGCAGUAAUAUAAGGCACAGCUAACCAACAGUUAAUAAGAGUACUUACUGUGUUGUGCAACAUGGCUGUGUUAUAACUACAAUUGCUUGCGUCAAGUAUAUUUAUGAAAGUGUGGUUAUCUACUCACUCAUCUUCUCACUGUAAAAAUCACUUUGUGUCAAUAGUACACAUUUGAUUUGAUAAGAUUAACCUGAUCAGUGAGAUCAUAUUAACUUCUGUAACUGUCUUGUCUUUAUUUUUUUUUUUUAACGCUUUAACCUUUUUGGAACUGUACAUUAGACUCGCCUCACUGGAGGUUUCUGAGGCGAUGCAGGAACGCCAAGGUGAGACACAUGCAAUACGCUACUUUUGUACUAGAAAUCCCACAAUGCACUGCGGUCAAAUGGAUGUCAGUUGGAUACUGAUGGAUUGCAGGCUGCCUGAGAAUGAUGAGAUGAGGAAAACGUUCCAGCUACCAGUGUUUUGAGCCAUAGUCACUCAGCUGGGUGAGCCACCCGGGAGCCCCCUCUUAUGCACAAAGCAAUUCAUGACUCUGGGGGACUGCAAACUUAUACUUAUGAGGCAAUCAGUGGUGAAAUGGGUCCCUGAGAGAAUCACCUCCCCGUGGGAGAUGAGUUCGGGCGUUAAUUGCGGAUAGUGUUUCCUCAGUAAUGUGAUCUGAGGAGAUGACUUUUCUCCCCACUGGCCUCGUGCUUCAUAUGCAGUGAUUGGAGCUGUUUAUGGGCAGUGGAUUGGAGAGGGGAAACCAUCACUGCAGUCACAGAGGAUCGUUCACACGCUUGGCAUAAUCUGGGGUCUGGGGGGAAAAAAAAGGGGAAAAUGAUGCUUUGAAUGGGCACCUUUUGAAAGGUUAAACACAAUCUGGAUUUCAAAGGGGAAGGCAAAGGCAAGCAGGAGUUUGGAUCUGUCAAUGAUUUUUUUUUUUUGUUUUUUAGAAUUGUUAAAUGCAAUUUAUCUUUUUGUUUGCUCAUUUUAUGAUAGUCUAAGCCUUCUCAGUCUGCUACGUUGGCAGUCUCCUCAAGACUCUGAGCGUGUUCCUUGCAAUGUGAAGCUUCAAGCAUACACACACACACACACACACACACACACACACACACACACACACACACACACACACACACACGCAACUGUAAUAAAACUGAACAAGCUGGAGCAUGGCUCCCAUCCAUUAACAACAGCAGAUGACAGGUCACAUGUUAAGCAAAUGACCAGUCAGCUUUCGCUAUUCACAGUAAUUAGUUAAUAUCAUUUUGCAGUGACUUGCUUAGCUUUCCAUUUUACACAUUAUCUAUUUAUACAGCUGAACAUUUAUUGAAACAAUUUUGGUUGGGUGUCUUUCCCAAAGGUAUAACUGCAUUGGGCUAUUGGGAAGUCCAGCUGGCUACCUUACAAGCCCUUCUCUCUAUUGCUAGACCACACUACUCCCCUUACCAAAGUAAAUGGAACUAAUUGUUUCAUUUCUGUUGCUGUUCGAGAAAAUUUGGAGAAAAGGGAAAAAAAUGAGCUGUGACUUUUAUUUAGACAAUGUAUUUAAAAGGAGACUGGGAGCAAGUGGCUAAAGUAAAAAAUGUAAAAAUGAUAGAAACCUCAGGUUUCUAUGUUGUAAUAAAAUGUCUUUUCAGGAUGUUGGAUAUGUACUGUGUCCUUUUGAAACAGUCCCUACACUGGCGUUGGCAUCAGUGUGCUUUCCAUACAAGACGUUCUGUUGCACUGUUUAAAGUUUUUUUUUUUUUUUUUUUUUUUUUUU